CGGUGAUGGUGUGGCAGCGACCGAGAUGCUCAUAUCCUUGCCAGCCACAAUAACGGCUGGGGGAGAUGCAAGCCCUCUCCUGCAGCCCCCCCCCCCGGGGUCGUGAACAGCCACCGCUGCGGCAGGGUAAGGGUAACGCGGGCGCAGACAACUAAGAGGGGGGCAGGGGGGCAGGGGGGGUGUCACAAGCAAACAUCGAGAUCUCAGCGUCAGAUAUCAUAUUACAUGAGAGAAACCCUCACUCGUCUAUUGAAUUUGGCUGGAUCAAGUGAGUGUCCUCAUGUAGCAGUCAUGCGAUCAUCCACAAGGGCUUGCUUACUUACCUCGGGCUGGGCCGUUUCCUGGGAUGGAGAAGCCCCGAAAAUGCGCGUCACCAGACGCGAGCAGCCGACGGCUCCAACCGCGAAUUAACCCUCGAUCCGGACGGAUAUGCUGACGGCAGGCUGGUUGGCACUGUAACCCUGGAUCAUUCUUGAGGAUGCCCUCAUCCCCAUCAUAUCCAAACAGAGGUCUAAGACCCAUGGCUGCUCAUGGUCCUGCCGCUAUUGCUCGCCAUGGCGAUGUGGAGGGCCGGUCAGUUGACGAGCCUGUCGGUCGAAUCGCCAAGGGGCCUGCGUACCAUCCGCCCUCCUCUAUCCCACCCCACGAGUCGACCCGGAUGGCUGGAAGCCCGGAAACAUGACACUGAAUAUCAGCCUGCCCUCGAGAUUUAAGUAUCACGCAUUCUCGCUGCCAGCGCAUUCUCGAGGCUCCACAUUCCAGCUGCCUUUUGCCGUCAACCAACCACUUUAGCUGCCGCCUCUCACGCCCACCGUGCCGUCUGACCACUUUACCGCUGCCCUAGCCUCUAGCUUAAGAGCCGCUCAUUCCAGCCGGGUCAUAACCAGGUAGGAUACUCCCUUGAUGCCUUCCUUUUCCUCUCUGUCCGCGGGACCUCGCCUCAGCACCCAUGAUCGGCCUCCAUCCACCAGAGCCCCGGGUCAUGCGGCUGUGUCUGAGUCGCCCGCGGUACCAGGCUCUGGGUUUCCAUCCAUCAUUCCAUGAACGUGCUGGGAGUUUGUCUCAUUCGCGUCCAUUGUUCUUACUGCCCUGCUGAGGCCAUGGUGUCUCUAUGCGCAUGUAUAUAUGCGUAUCUAUAUAUAUAUAUGCGCGGGGAGGGUUGGCUGGUUGUGGUUCUUCAAAGCAAGGUUUUAGCCUUCCGCUGGUGAACGAACUCUCGAUUCAUCAUGUUUUCAUUGACAGUCAGGGACAUGCGAUCCCUGGGUGCGGGCAAUAUGUGCUCCUAUUUGCUGCUGAUUGCGCUGCAGCUGGCCUGCUGCCAAGGGAUUGCGGUUGACCGAACUCCAAGGAAUAUAGGGGAAAUCAAACAUAUCGUACCGAAACAGGUACCUCAAGAGACGGAUGAAUCUGUGAAUACCAAAGCCAUCCAGGACCUCAUCUCCGGAACUACAGUUCCCGUGGUCGUUCAAGAAUUCGAAACAGGAAUUGCCCAGAUACUGCCAACCCCGGCAAUUAAAGCAGACACCAAGGGGAUAAUAGUGACCAGUUUGGAAACUGAAGGACGAGCAACUGACGGCCCUCUGAUUCACGAUCCGAUUCCAUCGCCAACGGAUUCCAUCGCCACACACCCGACAAUGGUUAUCAAGCCAGCCGACAUGAAGAUCGCUGCCGCGUCCUCCAACAUCUUCGGGGCGCCCAUCAGCGUCAACGCUCCGCCGAGCGUCAUCGAGGUCAAGGACAACCACCCUGUCCCCAGGCUUGGAGUAGUUGACAAGUCUGCUCCCCUCUCCACCAACAAGUUCUACCAGAAUCUGUUCCUUGGCUCCCAGGCUUCGAUCGCUGUUACUCACCCCUACUCGGUUUCCUGGUCCAAGGGCGGUGGCGUCACUAAGAGCUGGGGCCUGGCUGUUUCUCAUAUCGAGGCCGGCCAGUUCGCAUUCGGCCCCACGAAGGACACCGGCGCCAGUCAGUACUUCAUCAACCCCAUCGGCAUCCAGUCAAUAGUCCUAUCAGCGGAGGAACUCGGUAAUGGUACGGCUUUGACUACUACUAAGGCCACCGAGUGGUCUGUGGUCGCGCAGCUUCGUCCUAGUGCGGGAGCAGAACCGACUAUACAGUUCCCGUUGGUGCAGGGCUCGGGCUUCAUCACGGCCCAGUAUAACAAUGGAACGCCCAAACUGGAGUCGGGCAUUUUCUUCGCCAGCGUGACCAAGAUCAACACGCAGCCCCGGCCCGGGGUCACCAAGUUCAAAAUCAUACUCAACGAUGGGAAAGUCUGGCUGCUAUAUGCCUACAGCACAAGCAAUUCUGGCCUGGACCUGCAGGUUGUCAACAACGGCCUCGUCCGUGCGACGUCCAAAUACACCGGCACAAUCCAGAUCGCGAAGGACCCCGGCAGUGCGGAAGCCCUCUACGAUGCGGCUUCGGGCCAGUGGGCAACCGAUGUCACACUCUCCGGCACGACCUCAGGGAUGCGCGGAGAAUACAGCUUCACCUUUGCGAAGGGCGGCCUCACCGGCGCGCCGCUCCUGAUGUAUGCCCUUCCUCACCACGUGCAGUCGUUCGAUAACACCACGGCUGCGGCGGUGAAGUCCAACGUGCAGCUGCAGUCAACCACCAAGGGCAAAGGCACGGCGGUCGUGGCCGACUCCUGGAAGAUGGUCGAGACUAGACUGCCUAUUAGCAUGAACUUCAUGCCGUGGUCAAACACCGAGGGGACAAAGACCACCGUCUCUGCUGAUGCUAAGGCGAGGAUCUUGAAGGCGGCGCAGUCAGAGCUUAGCCAGGACAUGGACGCCCAGUCUAACCUCAACUCCAUGUACUACAGUGGCAAGGCUCUGGCGAAGUUCGCCCAGAUUCUCGCUGUCACCUAUGACUUGCUUGGGGAUUCGAAUCUCACUGCCGCCGGCUUGCAGAAGUUGAAAGAGGCAUUCGCCCGAUUUGCGAGCAACAAGCAGAUCUACCCACUGUAUUACGAAUCUGCCUGGGGAGGCCUGGUCUCGUCAGCCUCGUACAAGACAGGCGACGGCGGCGCAGACUUCGGCAACUCAUACUACAACGACCACCAUUUCCACUACGGCUACCACGUGCUGGCAGCCGCCGUGAUCGGGCACCUAGACCCGGCGUGGCUGCCGGCCAACAAGGACUGGGUCAACUCCCUGGUGCGCGACUACGCCAACCCAUCAUCCCAGGACAAGUUCUUCCCGACCAACCGCAUGUUCGACUGGUACCACGGGCACAGCUUCGCGCACGGCCUGUUCGAGAGCGCCGACGGGCGCGACCAGGAGUCGAGCUCCGAGGACGUCAUGGCCAGCUACGCGAUCAAGAUGUGGGGGCUCGUCAGCAACGACGCCGACAUGGCGGCCAGGGGCAACCUGCAGCUGUCGGUGCUGGCGCGGUCCCUGAACCUGUACUACCUGUACACGAGCGACAACACCGUCCAGCCGGCCCAGUUCAUCGGCAACAAGGCCGCCGGGAUCCUGUUUGAGAACAAGAUCGACCACGUCACGUACUUUGGCGCCAACAUCGAGUACAUCCAGGGCAUCCACAUGCUGCCCCUGCUCCCCGCGACCAAGCUCGUGCGCGGCGACAAGCUCGUCACCGAGGAGUGGAACACGUACUUUAGCAACGGCAGGGCCGACACCGUCGUCGGGGGCUGGCGGGGCGUCCUUUAUGGCAACCUGGCCACCAUCGAUCCCAGGGCCGCCUGGAACUUCUUCACCUCGCCCGCCUUCGACGCGAGCUGGCUCGACGGAGGUGCGAGUCUGACCUGGUAUCUGGCCUACGCUGCUGCCCUAGGAAACCUAUAGCGUGCUCAUUUCUGUGUUGAUCCAUGCGGGCCAAUCCACUCGUUAUCAUUCAAGCCUUCCGCCUCCGACCAGGUGGUUCACAAUAUCUCUUGACAUUUUCCACCAUUUUGAAUACGGUCGUUGAUUUCUUUUUCACAAUUUUGUAUACCACCUGUGGAGUGCAGUAACGUCUACUGCGUUCUGUGUGCUUGUACCAAAUACAACAUCUUAGCCGCAAGGCCAGCUGGAUACAAUAUUCUGGUCCCACUUGGAUAGAUGAUUAUCAAGGGACCAUUGGAACGGGCGGAAUUUUGCUCGACAUUGAAAUGGGCUAGACUAGAUUCUAUCGUUAAAA